GCGGCGGUAGUUUAAUUUCCUAGUUGCUCAAGAUGGCGGCGGCCGUCGUUUCAAGGCGCUGCUGCAGCCGCUGGAGAAAAGAGAGGAUAACUCCGCUGCCGGUGAUGCUGUUGGGAGCUGCCGGGCUGGCAUCCCUCCUUAUGGUUGCAGCUUCCAUGGAGCAGAAACCGGAGGCGGUGGGGAGCCACGUGGUAGAGCUGAGCGGGUCCAACUGGAGCCUCCUGCUGCAGGGCCAGUGGAUGGUGGAAUUCUAUGCUCCUUGGUGUCCUGUCUGUCAGCAAAUGGAAUUGGCAUGGGAAGCUUUUGCAAGAAAUAGUAAGGAACUCGAACUCAGUGUGGGCAAGGUUGAUGUCACUCAAGAACCAGGUGUAAGUGGCCGUUUCUUAAUCACUACUCUUCCGACUAUUUACCAUGCAAAGGAUGGAGUUUUUCGCAGAUAUCGUGGCUCGAAGACAUUGGAGGAUCUAGAGAGUUAUAUCCUGGAGAGGAAAUGGGAAAGUAUAGAACCUGUGGCAGGAUGGAAGUCUCCCUCAUCUCUAAUGAUGUAUGGAAUGGCAGGACUCUUCCAUUUAUCUGGAUGGAUCAGACAAAUCCACAACUAUUUUACUGGCACUCUUGGGAUUCAUACUUGGGUUUCUUAUGCCAUCUUCAUAUUAGCCACCCUUUUGAUUGGUCUUAUCGUGGCUUUGAUAUUUGUUUUGCUUAUAGACUGCAUGUGUCCAGCUAAGUCCAAAGAAGAAAGUUUUGAUUCCGUAGAUCCUGAUGAGAAUGAGAUAGAAGAUCAACAGCAAACGUCGGAGGUUUCAGCAGGGGACGAAAUUCCUGAAAAGGGUUUGUCUGUUGGAGAAAACGAAGAAGACGGAGAAGAUGAGUCUCAGCCCAAUUCCUCAGAUGACUCAGCAGUUGAAGGAUGUGAGGGAGAAAAUGAUUUAGAGCCUUUUGAAUCUGACAAGUUAGAGGAUACCUCAUUAAGACAACGUAAAAAUCAGAUGGAGCCUGAACUAUAGUGAAAGUAAUUGAGUGUAUACUUUUAAAUGGACCAAAGAAGAUUGGGACCUUUGUUUUGCAGCUGAAGCCAAAUAUUUGAUUUAUAAGCUGUUGCAGCUAAAUAUAGGCUGACUGCCAGGAAGCAUCUGUUUUUAUAUUUAAGGUUAAUAUUUUGAAUGUAAAAUAUGACUGAUAAUGUUGAAAUCAGAGACACGACAAUCAAAAAACCACACUGAGUUCAGGGAUAGGUAAGAGGUUUUAUUGUAUCAGCUGUACCAGAAACUGUAUGAAGUGGUCAUUCUGUACAACUGCAAAUUGUCUGUGUUGCAGAAUUAAGCAUAAAACAAGAAAAGUAUUUUUGGGGGGGCUUGCUGGUACAAGUUAAUUCCAAAAUGUACAGUUGAAGACAAAAAUCUAGAGGACCGAAGGCAUCUUAAGGCAGUAAUAAGGUUUUACUGUUUGAUAGGCUUGAACAGAUAAUUGUUUAUUACUCUCCAAGUUUUUGACUCCAGAUACCUAAGGCACUUCCUACAGGCUUCAGAGCUGUGAUGUGUAUUUCAGGGGAGAUCAUAGUAUAACAAGAACUAUGUUUACAAUAUAGUUUACAAGCUGCAAGGUUUUGCUUUCAGCAUGCUUUCUUGAAAGCCUGGAAGAGAUUUUUAAAUAUGGACGUGGCUUUCUUACAACAAUCAGUUUCAUAUCUAUUGUCCCAAUAUUAUAAUCUGUCAAGUCAAUAUCUCAGUAUCUGAUUUGUUGGCCAUAUUUAGGUUCCUUUGGAUUUAUUCAAUACUGCUUUGAUAUAACAUUGAUUCCUUUAUGUAUUCCAAUUCAACCCACAAUACAGGAGAAGCCUGAACAAGUAUCACUGCAAAUUUCUUAAUGCAAACAGAAUGUCUGGAUGCAUACAUUAAUUUUUAGUUUGUCCUCAAUAUUAUCAAAGUAUUUAUUCCGUCCCAUAGUUGUCAAAAGUUCUGUAUAGUGUAAAUCUGUGAAGUAAUCAUAUAAGUAUCAGCAUUUCCUUGUAAGGUUAUGCAAGUGUUGAAUGUGUUAUGAUGAAUUAAGUUUAUCAAAGAAGCAAUUCAGAACAAUAUUAUUUCCCUUUGUUUUAGAGACAAUUAUUUUCAGUGGUAUCCAGCGAAUUAAAAUAAAUGUCCGGAUCAUUGUUAAACAUGCUAUUCCAGGUUGAGAGAUUUUUUAAGCCUAAGAAAUUAUAGGCUCAGAUGAAAGUAGUAAAAAUAAAGCACUAUAUUUGUUUUAUGUGCAUGCUGUCAUAAUAUUUGUCAGUUGCAUUCUCUGUUGAUUAGAACCAUUUUCAAAUUUUUGUUAACCUUUUGUUGCACUAAAAUGAGUCUUAACAUCUAUACCAAUUGCUUAGUAAAAGACCUUUUUAAACAAGUUUUAGUAAAACUCCAUUGCACUUUGUUAAUAUUACAGAAUAUAGAGCAAAUAGAUUUAAGUGCUGGGGAUGAGGGAAGCAUUUAACGGAAAUAAAUGUUUAAAUGUAUAUACUUAACCUGCUGUGACAAUACUUACUUAAAAAUAUAAUUUUGAGAAUCUUAACACAAAGAAACUACCGUAUAUACUCGAGUAUAAGCCGAGUUUUUCAGCACGUUUUUUGUGCUGAAAAACGUCCCCUCGGCUUAUACUCGAGUAUAUACGGCUUAUACUCGAGUUUUUUUUUUUUUCUUUUUUUCACAUUUUACCGGACGGCGCGGGGAAGCCCUGCCGAUGCAGUGAGAGGGCGGGGCGGGGGAGCCGCCAGCCUUCUCAGCUGAGGGAGGGAGGGUUUCCCCAACCGGUAGGUGCCUCAUUUCCCACCCUCGGCUUAUACUCGAGUCCCCAGUUUACCCCAGUUUUUGGGGUAAAAUUGGGGACCUCGGCUUAUACUCGGAUCGGCUUAUAUUCGAGUAUAUACGGUAAUAGUUCAGCAUCUGCAUUUACUAGCAUUUUUUUAUUGCUGUUAAAAGCAUGAAAAAGAUAAGUUAUUUGAUUUGAUUCUUAAACCUCUGACCUUUAGUAAUAUGACCAAGCAUGUUUUUUUGAUAACAUAAAAGAUUCAGGUUGAGUAUUGGUUUGAGAAGCUGGUUCAUGGUAGUUGUAUCCUAAACAUGUGUCCAUGGAAUUAAAUCCAAAGUUUACUUUUAAGUAAAAAGAAUUUAAGAGUUAAAGGCUCUGGGCUCAGUAUGACAGUACUUGGUAUAUGUUUUACAGUCUUCCUUAUUUGUCUUCCAAUUUUUUACAAGGUAAAGUAUUAGAACUUAGUUCAUAAGAUUCUUGCUUAGAGAGUUGAUGUCUUUAUGUCUAUGUGGAUAUAUAAACCACUGCUUUAAGUUGGCUUAUAAUAAAGAUGACUGCAAAACAUUCCAAAGGAAUUAUUACAUUUGGGGUGUUUUUUAACAGAAAAAAAAUGAAAUGAUUUUGAAACGGUGAUCACUGACCUCUGUUCAUAAGUUUGAAUGUAUAGGUGCUUUUAAAAGCAGCAAAUAGAGUGAACUAAUUCAUUUGAAGAUUCUUAAGAGUUAAUAUUUGGCAAGUGAACUUCUUUGGCCAGAGGUCGCUAUUUUGCAUCCAAUUUUAAAAAGCAACAUUACCAUUUGUGUUUCUAAUUGUUACUUUAAAUGAACACUUGCUCAGUUUUUAGUUUAGUUUGACAUGAUUUCUAUGUAAAACAUUUAUAUUAAAAUGCUGCUGCUUUAUUAACUAUAAACUUUAUUAUAUA